AUAAAGAAAUAUAUACUUUCUUACACAACAUAUAUAGAUGUAAAAAGGGAGGAGGACAAAUUCUUCCCAUGUAAGUGCUUAUCAAACGCUUCAAGAAUUUUCAAUUUGCUAAAAUCAAGACAGCCUGUUAAACGUUGUCAUAUUUAUUUUUCUGUGAGUGGUUUUUAUGAGGUGUUUCAAUUAUCACACUUUCGUCCGUAUGGCCAAGAAUAUGAUUUGCAAAAACAGUGCAUUGAGGUGUUUAAAAAAGUGCGAAAUAUGAUGCUUGGCCGAACGUUCGAUUUAUGUUUACAGGGCAAAGAAGCACGACUACCAGGUUGAUGUAAGUUUCCUAAAAAGAAAUUAAGUUUCUGUCAUAACCCACUGGUUCUUAAUUGUCAGUAAAAGUUAAUUUUAGCUCAGGUAGACGCAGAGGACAUUCAAACUCGAUUUAACAUAUCAUCUUUGUUUUUCUGGUCUACGAACAAUGUGAAUCAAAAUUGAACCUGACAGUGUAUGCUUGGGUAGCCAUGUUUUUCCGGACCACCUUUAUACUAAGGGUUAUUGAACGGAAAUAAAAACCUACCUGUAAAGAUUCAUACGUUUGACAUAUUACAACACCAAACAGUGACAAAAAUAUCCGCGUUUGAAAAUAACUGCAGCCCAAGAAAGAAAAAAUUCCACUUGUUGGCAAGUGAAAAUCCCGCAGUGGAAAACUACGACAUUUCUAGAUUUUUAAGCAGCGGAAGUUUCCCAAGCGAGCCGCCAUUGUCAUUUCCACCUUAAGUGUAAAAAUAUGAACUCAGAUUGGUAUAUAGGUUGAGAUCAUCCUUCAAACUGACCAAUCACAAGACGAGGUUUUAACAAGCGUUGAUGAGUUUUAUCAUUUCAAAUCAGUUAAGCCAGUGAGUCAAAACCGACACAAGUGUACCUGUUGUUUAAGUUGAAAGUCAUCAAUAAAAUGAAUGUUUUCAGUGGGUAUUUGCGCGUAUAAUUAUGUUAACAAAGUAAAAUGGUCUCACACAGUUUGGACACCGUCCAACGUUAUGAGAGUGAAUAAAUUAUAAUUCUCUCGCCACGAGAUUUUUUUGUUUCAUUUAUCACUUUCUAUUUCAUUAAUGUUGUUCAUUCUUUUAUAAAAUUAUCCGUUAUGUACGCUCACAUUUAAAAACAUGAAACAGGUAGCUCAGUUUUUGUACGCCAAUUCUGUUGACCUUAGAAGUAAUGAGAAGUUAAGUAAAACACCAUACGUGUAGCGAUCAGCUCUGGCAUUUAGACUGUGCUAAAAUAUUUCAAGUUGCCCGGGAUCGUUAAAUGGAAAGAUCUUCCAAUUCUAAUUAUCCAUACUGUACGAGUAAGAUCGCCGAUCUUUUUAAGUGUGCUUCAUGUAAGUGAAACCCGUUGCCUGUGGUUUUACUAAGCUGAUAGCGAGCACUUAUUUGCAGUAUGAGGUAUAGUUCUCAUUGUCGGUGUGUCUUUGGCUGCCUGUGUUUUUUAUUUAGCGGAUAUUGAGCAGUUAUUUACAGUAUGAGGCACUAUAGUUAUCGUUUUCGGUGUGUCUUUGGCUGCCUGUGGUUUUUUCUUAUCGGAUAUUGAGCAGUUAUUUACAGUAUGAGGCACUAUAGUUAUCAUUUUCCGUAUUUCACGUGAACGGAAUAGCGCACAAUUUGCUUCUAAGCUACUACUUGUUUCGAGGCAAACAUUUGACCUUCUGCUAAUUCUUUCAUAUGUACACCCAUGACUCCUGGGACACACCAGUAGGUUCAGUAUGCUCACAAGGGUUUACCUUUUCUCCUACGUACUUUUUAAAAAACUUUCACUCCUUUUGGAGAUGGUUAGUUAAUUAAACCUCAAGCGUCAACCGACACCGUAAUUGUCGAAAGAAAACUCAGUACUGUUUUGUAAUGUUGUGAGAGCUGCCGGCAAUUUUCCUAAACAGUUUAAAAAAUAAGUCAAGAUGCUUGGAAAAUUUUGCCAUGGCAUUAAUUUAAAGUGAAACCGUUUUUUGUAGGUAUACAUUCUUACUUAAGAAAAAUAUUUUCUUAACAAUGAAUGCUUCAAAGUAAACAUAGCAACAGGUGUUACAUUAUAGUGUUGCAGCACGUUGAAAAAGUAACUUGUAAUUGUUUCUAACAGUUAAUGAGAUAUUUAGCCUCCUACCUGCUGCACAUAAUCCGACUUCCUCGCUUUUAAACAAUGCCUUAAUGUGUUUCUGCAUGUAAACUUUGACGGUAAUUAGGUCAAUCAAACAAGGCUGCUAGGUUUGGAACCGGUGAAAUGUUGUCAUGUGACCACGCCCUAAAUUAACGCCUUGUAAUAGACUCAUGUUAAAUUGUCUCCAUUAAAGUAAAAAUAACCGGUGAAUUUUCAACGUCUCUACUUAAAAGGUGAAAAAACGGAGAUUUCUAAUCUCAAGUAUUACUUCGCUCGAGGGUCACUUCGAUCUUACGGAUAAAAUAUUUAACAGUGGGUAAGCUUUUCUUGAACAGUACUUUCUUUCUUUCAUACGUCAGGCUUCUGUCGUACCAAACUGAAUCCUUGAAUGAAGGUCGACCCACAAAAGCACGCCAGAAGCACGACACAAACUAUUAAUUAAUAUUGGAAGAAGAGAUAACUUAACAAAUCCUCACUGUCUAAUAGUGAUUUAGGCUGAGUACUAUUAUUAAAAACUGGAUUAUUGGAUAAUGCAAUUCUAGAGCCCUGAUUGGCUUUAGCCAUCAUGGCAUAUGAGCCUCUGUACCACGCUCUCCAAACGUGGUAACUGUACGCGUCUACUCAAUUUAAAAAUAAGCUGAAAAUCGGUUGUUUUUACAAAUAAAGUCGGUAAGAAUUCUCGAUAUUUUGUGGGCGUUGUUAACAAAACAAUUAUUUCACAAGCGCUUGUUGGAUAUGAGAUGAUUAUAGCCAGCUCAUAUCCAACGCGCACUCGAGUAAUUGUUAAGUAGCCUGUUAUUGGGGAGUGUCCGGAAAUGGAGAGUACAGAGAACAAAAACGGAGAAUUCAGGGGGCGGGAGUUCUCUCGCCCUUCCUCACUUCCCUUUGCGCCGCCAACCACUAUUUGAGUGCCUGAACGUGUUAAUGUGCUAACUUCACAUUUAUCUCUUAACUAGAUCUCACUCUGUCUUAUGCGGGUCGUGGGAGAUCUGGGUACCAGGUAAUUAUGCUGCACAUGGCUAGGACAAGAUCGUCAAUGUCCAACACAUUCUUUGUGGUGAUAAAUGACGCAAAUAUUAAAUGUUGAACUUGGUAAGUAAAUGAGAAAGAUGUAUGCAACAAGCGUAGACGAAAAAUAACGCCUAAAUAAUCUUUUUUUAAAAAAAAUACUCAGUUUUUAUUUGUUCACUUUUCAUUCCAUCUCUUUUUUUUUUCUUUACGUUUCCUGAAGGUACAUGUGUCCAGGUACUUUUUUAAGUUCACAAUAACGAAAAUGUUAUUUAUUUAUCUUUCCGUCUUCUGCAAAAACGUUGUGCUCUGCAUGCAUUUACUUGUGGUCCUUUGUGGCAGUCGACGUUUUUAUAUUUUAUCAAGAGCCGUAAUAUUAUGAUCUCUUGAUUUUAUUAAGUAAAUUUUAUUAAAGUUUUUUCCUUGUUUCGAGGUAUUUCCAUCUUCAGUUAUUGCAUCAAGGUUGAAUCCUUUUCUCUUUCUCUUUCGGCACUGGUUUGAAUUAAGUGAUUGUUUCUUUCUUUAAAUUAUUAUUCCUCAAUUUCACUAUUCCAUCUCGUUUAUACGGUAUAACAGGUUUGAUUGAGUCUUCAUUGAUUGUGUUCAGCGGUAUUUUAGGUCCUUUGGGUUGCGUGGCCAUUUGAGAUUUAGGUUUUCCUCCUGGAAUCAGACCUGAAAUGGCCUUUAUUGCAUUUUCGCCAGCCUUCAUGAAAAACUCCAGGAUGUCUCUUUCUUUCCUUUGAUGUGCUGUUGCUAAAAAGGAAAGGAGUUGUUUAAAUUCACUCUUUAUCUAACCUUGUUUCAGGUUUUUCCUAUUUAUAUUCACGACUAAGAGACGGGAAUGGGUGUGCAGCUCGAACUAAGGAGCCUGAGUGUUUAAUGCCGUCCAAAUAUCAUACAAAGUUCAACAUCAUAACUAAAGAAUGGUAUACAAAUAUCCCUAAAUAAAGUCACUCAGGCUAAACUAUUCACGUGCGCCGCCUGAUACGAAAACCCAAAAAACCCAAUGGGAAAAAAUUGGGAACGUAUUACCCAACCGAUCGGUCGCACAACCUCUGGGGGUUAAAGGUAAAAAAUCAAUCGAUAGAUGAAUGAAGUAAGAUAUAAAAAUAAAAGUUGAUAGUUCGAGAGCUGAGAUGAAUACAUUACAACUGUCAAAACCUUAUAUACCUAAUAACAAUAGAGUCAAUUAACGCCAUAACGGCUCACGUGCGUUCAUACCAAUAGGAAAGUAUUUACAUUCUCUGUCACUGCCACUACGUUUAGCUCCGCCGAAUGUAAAUACAUUUCCUUCGGGCGUCUUGAAUUCCGUAGGGAUAACAAGUCAUAUAAAACUGUUUAUUAUACUUUACUGCAAUGUUACUUGGCUGUCCAAGGAUUGCCUAUUAAUAACACUUCUUGAAAUGAUCAGUAUACAGUCGCUUAGCAACCGUACGUACAAGUCUUACCUAUUCGCCACUUAAGAAAAGAGAGGAAACCUGGGUCGAGUUAACUUUCUCAAAGACUGCCGGGACUGUUGCUAGGGACAGUAGCUGACCAUCGAGUCCCCAGCAACAAUCCCAGAAACAAUUGCGGGAUGACUUUCGGCUCCAGUUCUCUUCUCAUUUCUAAAGUGGCGAAUGUCAUAUCCAAUAUCGUACACCACAGAGAGUAGUUCUGUGAUGCGUUCGAGUGUUAUACCUCGGAAUGUCCCUAAGUGACUCGAUUUUUCUCAAUAUAUCUUCUCAGAUGCUGCGAAUGCGAUUAAGGCGGGCGAAGACGGAGAAAAUAUGUUCAGCAAUCUUUCAACUUUUUAACUAUAUUACUUUUCGUUUAUAUACUUUUCUUUCUCAGUCAUUUUAAAAAGUUUUUCUCCAUCAAGAGAUAAACUAUAUUCCUUUUGGCUGGAGGCUGAUGUCGUUCAACUCAGUUAAUUUGCCCUUCUAGCAUCUUAUCAGCCACCUUGCUUUGUCUAAAAGCACCACGGGAUAGUUACGCCCUACGCCAUUUUCCCUAGGUUUAUAUUCAUAAGGAUGACAAUAAACUGUCGAAACUUAUCAUAUUUUCCCCCAACAAGGCCAGCUGAGCUGGUGCAUAUCAGAUUUAGCAGGUCGCUACAGGUUGCAGCCAUGGUUUGUUUGACAGAUAUUAUUUCAAAAAAUAUAAGAAACGAAAACAAGGUCUAUAGCUAAAACAACAAAAAUAAAGCGGAAUACUUCACGAUAAUGUAUGAGAAAUUCAAUACAUUUUCAAAAUUUUACCUUGUAUUUCUGGUUCCACCGAAAGCCCCAUCAAGAUUAAAAGGAGUAACAUUGCAGUUCGGAAGAGACGCAGGACCUAACAGGUCAAUCACGUGUUGCUUGUUGUGGCCAGAAGUACACUGAGGCUCAUUGCAGACAAAAAAUCUUCUUGGUCUUGAUCAAUUUUACUGAUGAUCAAGGUUAUGUUGUUCUAUAUCAAACCUUCUAAGUUUACGUUGUUUGGAUUUGAGUACUGUAAACAUGUCAGGAAAUAAGAUACUUAUUUACCUAUUCAAAUGUAAUAUGACGUAGACAGAAAUGAAUAUUUGACCAAGAGCAGACAGCUUGCAACUUAUCAAUGUGCAAUUCAGAGUUUAGCGAGUCUCUAAACAAUGCACUAUUCUCACAACUGAAGGACGUUUUUACUGUUCAUUUCUUUGAUUUUCUCUUCAACAUCAAACCCUCCACUUCAGUGCUUACAGAUAAAACUCGGCGUCUUUUUGAAGUGCUCUCCCUCUUUCUUUUGUUGUCUCUUCUGUUCUGCCUUCUCGGCCAACGUCACAACAAACUUCUUGGCCGGCACUUGAUUCACAGCUUGUCGCGAUUGUGGACGAUCAGAAGCAGGGAUGUUUCCAAGGCUUCGUGGUCUCUUCUGCAGACAUUCUUCAUGCUACGGUGUAUCGAAGCUAAUGUCUACCUGUUGGGCGGGUUUCCCUGAGACCGCUCGGCACCAUAAAGUUGCUCCUUUCGAAUUUGGUUAUCAUUCAUUCUGACAAAAUGACCGAGCCAGCGCAUUCGUUUCUUUUUGAGCAGCGUGAACAUGAUUGCCAAGUUCACUUCUUUCAGGACUUUAUUAGACACUUUGCUCUGCCAUUUGAUAUUAAGUGGGAGUUUGAGGCAGCGUUUCCGCAUGUGAUAUGUAUUUAGCUUACGUAAAGGCAUUUCAUAUGUUUUAUUCCCUUUAAUUUCAAAUUGGCCCUAUGUUGUAUUUGAGCUUAUCAUCAAAAGGAGAGUUUAAAGAGCAGUUGAGGUCUUUAAUUUUCUGCUAUCGAAGAUCAUCUCACGUCAGCUCAAGUUCCUCGGUCACAUUUUGCGCAUAGAGAGCUCUCCAAUUAUGGCGAACGAAGCGAGCCGUGAAAGAAAACUCUUGCGUGUCUUCUCGGACUCCCCCAAAUCGAGGGCUUACUCGAAGGCCACACCCGCUAACAUCUACGCCUUGUAUGAGCCCCUCCUCCUCCAAGGGAGAAGACCCUCAAGGAGACUGCAUAAGUCCUUUUAUAGCCAAGUCCAGGAAUAGAUCGACCCCAUUAAGCAUUUCUCAGAGGAUCUCAUCUUGCGCACUGCCCAAGACCGAACCAGCUGGAGACGCCUUACAGUCAACUGCUCUUCGGUUAGCUAAUGAUGAUGAUGAUGAUGAUGAUAUGAUGAUGAUGAUGAUGAUCAAUUUUCUGAUAAUCACA